AGGAGAAGUUGGAGCAAACUCAAGGGCGACUUUAGACGGAGGGCUCCUCUUUAGACUCUGUGCCUUUUAAGAGGCAAAGGAAGAGGAGGGAAAACCGUGGGUAAAGGGGAAGAAAACUCCUCCUAAAGGUUUGCUCCUCUUCUGGUUAUUGUUAUUGUUUUAUUUUUGUGUGCCUCUUUUCCUGUUCUCUCUGGGAAAGAGGAGCUUGGCGUCGGGCGACUCGAGGGCAAGCGAGGACUAGAUUUUCGCUGCUUUUCUCCGGCUCUUCUCCGCAAUGGAUGCCCCCCGAAGAGAGAUGGAGGGCGGGCCCCGGAGGACUUGAUCCGCUCCCUCCUCCUGCGCCGGGGCUCCCUCUCUGCCCUCGCCUGGCCUGGCCCUCGGGAGGAUGCUCCCCGCGGGGCUGCUGCUGGCCCUGGCGCUGGCCCUGGGGCCCUCGGGGGCUGGGGGCUACUUCGAGGGCCCUCUCUACCCGGAGAUGUCCAACGGGACCCUGCACCACUACUUCGUGCCCGACGGCGACUACGAGGAGAACGACGACCCGGAGAAGUGCCAGCUGCUCUUCAGGGUGAGCGACCGCCCGCGCUGCUCGGCCUUCCCCCCGACGGAGGGGCUGCUGCUGGGCUCCCCGCUGCAGGCGCCGCCGGGGCUGACGCUGCGGGAGGAGCUGGCGGUGCUGGGGCGGCAGGUGGAGGACGCCGGGCGGGUGCUGGACGGGAUCCGGCAGAGCAUCUCCUACGACCUCGACGGCGAGGAGAGCUACGGCAAGUACCUCCGCAGGGAGGCCGCCCAGAUCGGGGACGCCUACGCCAACUCCGACCAGGCCCUCGGGGAGCUGGAGCACAAGUUCCGCCAGGGCCAGCGGGACGAGGAGGAGGAGGAGAACGGAGAGGGGGCCGGGACCAGGGGGGCAGGCGGCGGUGGAGGCAGUCCCCGUCGGGGCCGCCUGGGCGAGGAGGUGCUGGGACGGCUGCUCCACGCCCGCGCCCUCCUGCAGGAGACCCUGGCCCUCUCCGCCGGGCUCCGAGACAAGUACGACCUCCUGGCCCUCACCGUCCGCAGCCACGGGGCCCGACUCAGCCGCCUCCAGAGCCAGCACCUCCCGCGCUGAGGGCCAGCCCCAGGGCACACUGCCACCCCCCCCGACGGACACUGACCCACCCGCCCACUGUCCACAGGGGGCCCAAGGGGAGACUGACCCACCCAUGGGCCACACAGACUGCCCACCGAUGGCACACGCGGUGCCCAAGCGGGACACUGACCCCCCGACGGCCCCACUGUCCACAGGGCGCCCAACGGGGGUCACUAGCGCACCCACCGACGGCCCACAGCUCCCUAGACCUACCCGCCUACAGUCCACUGGGUUCCCAUGGGGGGCACCAGCAUACCCACUGACAGUUCAGGGUGCCUAAAGGGGGAACACCUAGUCACCCAUAGUCCACAGAAUAUCCACUGACAGCCCACAGUGUGCCCAAGGGGGUCCACUCGCCCCACAGUCCACAGGGUGCCCAACGCACCCCACAAUCCACCCCCCACCCCCCGGCAGUCCACAGACUCAGGCACUGAUGGCCCACAGGAUGCCCAAGGGGUUCGCUAACCCAUCCACUGACGGGACUCAGAUUCGCCCACCAUCAGUCCACAGAAACCCCCCCCCUCCUACUGAGGGUCCACUGGGUGCCCAAAAGGAGCAUCCCCCAACCCACCCACUGAGGGUCUACAGACUCAUCCAGCUAAGGUUCAGGGUGGCCAGGUGUGUCCUCACUGCAAAGGAGGCAAAAUGGAGGGCAUCCAGAAAGAAAGAAAGAAAGAAAGCAUGAAGGACCUGAACAAAGCAAAGCUAUAAAAACACUCAGAGAAAUAUGACAUUCAGGCAUCUUGGUCCUGCUUGAAAUGGAGAACAUUUUGGAAUUCCUCCUGGAUGGAAGGCUGAAAUGGAGGACAUGUCCUGGAAAAGGAGGACCUUUGGUCACCCUGCACCAGCCGCCCACUGCUCUCCUGUCCUCUCAAGGAAGCCUCCUCAGGCACAAAUUGGAACAAGCUGCCCACUCUUGGCCCUCCAGUGGUCUGCACUCCUUGGUUCCUGAUCCUUUCAAGAAGGUUGUGUUAGUAAAUAGCUAGCCUAGGGUAAUUAAUGGUUUGGGCAUUGAACUGGGUUCAAAUCCUGACUUGGCUAUGGAAAGCCAUUGCAUAACCUUGGGCAUGUCACACUCUCACAGCCUCAGAGGAUGGCAGUGGCAAGCCCCUACCCUCUGAAGAAACUUGCCAAGAAACCCUAUUAUGGCCUUAGGGUCACCAUAAGUCAGAAAUGACUUGAAGAUGCAUAGCAACAACAACAAGCUGGGUGAGCCCAUGCCUCUCCCCAGAUUUUUGGGGGGGGGGGGGCUGUUAAAAGACAACUAACUGGAAAUAAACUCAUUUAUCUUUUCUCCCCCCAAAACCUACAACCUUGAAGGCUGUCCUGUCCUGGUAUCAGUCUGUACUUGGCUUAUUCUUGCUUUUUUAAAGAACAUGGAAAGAAAAAGACAAACUCUGGGUGCUACUUUUCAACCAUGCAAAA